UUCACACCAAGACUUUCAGUAUGGAAUUAGAAAGUGAAAAGUUCCUCUCAAACUGGCUUUUUGUCAACAAGCAAUCCGCAUCCUACCGCUUGCUCUCCCGCCAGCUCGCGACAUCGGUCCACGAUGCCAAAAACUUGUUGUAUUCCUUUUACGAAAAGAACAAGGCCUCCUAUACAGACCAGCUUUUUGCUUCCUACAUGGUUUCCGGAAAACUAGCAGGUCCGUCCAGCACUUUGACCAUCAAGUUGUAUGACGAUGCGAACUUAGAAUCCAUCAAAGCGGAAUUCGAGAGAAUCGACUCCGUCCACAUCUACUCGUUAGCCCCUAUUGCUGACAUCACCGCGAACCUACUCCCGGACCCAGCGGUUAUGAACGCAUUUGAGUACACUGACGAACAUAUGAAGGCCUGGGGACUCAUUAAGGGUCCAGAAAAGAAGCUCAAUGCAUCCAGAAGAGCCCCCAGGGUGCCGCCAGCUAGGGUGCCGAACCGUCCGGCGGUUAAAGCCAGCACCGCUCCCGAGUCUACGAAAGUCGAGAAAGUUGAGAAAGCCGAGAAACCUUCGAUGUUUACACUGGCACCGUCGAGAUAUGUUUCAAGAAAGGUUCAGGUAGCGCCUUCCCCUGUGGCGAGGCCGUCCGCCCGCGCCCAAACAGAGCCAACCAGAGCGGCGUACACAUCUAGAAAGACGGAGAAGAGCGAACGGGUGGUAAUUGCGGAUGUGGAGGAGGUUGAGCCCGAAGAUCUCGCUCCGGCUGCCCCGAGCAAGCGGGACGAACAGUUGAAGGAGUUGGAGGGCAUGUUCAACGACGACGACGAUUGCGGCUGGGAUGAGAGCAGUUCCCAGAAGGGCUCUCUGGUGGUCAUUGAGGAUACCCAAGAGACCCGUGGAGAAUUAGUAUCUGAGCCGGUGGGUGCUGAAAUCGACACAUCGUUGAUCGAAGUGGAGGAACCUGAGCCCGCAGAGGAGAUUGAACCGGUAGAGGAGCCCCCAGCAGUGGAAAAUUUCAUGGAUGAAGAUGGCUACUUGGUUACGCGAGUUAACACCUCCGCAAAGAAGGAGAAGGAGCCUUCGAGUUAUGCGUCACGCAAGUCCAGCACUUCUCCAACGAAGCAGAAAGCGAGCGAUUCGUCCAAGAAGCGCAAGACCACCCAAUCGUCGUUGAUGAACUUUUUUGGUAAGAAAUAGGGGGUAGAGGGGCUUAUAAAAUAACAUUGAUAUUCUU